AUGCACAAGAUCUCCAACUUCACGGGCCAAGCCCGUCAUGGUUGGGAACGAAUGACGCCAACCUUCGGGAUCACUAGACCUCAUACCGAUAUGGCCUUUCGCCGGCCACAUGGUGCUCCGCCCAUGACCCCUCCGACGAGCAUCGACCCGACCGUUAACCUGUCCUUCAACGUUCCAUUCUCCUCCACCUUGGCCGGCCCCGAUGUCGAAGAUGUCUUGCACGCCAGUCCCGCCGCUUUGCAACGCUGGACCUUCCCAGAAGGCACACCCGAUGGUACCUUAGUGCAUCAGCUCCCAGUGCACACCAGCAAUGUCGAAGGACUGCGGAGGUUAUGCCGUCAGAUCACGGAAACCAGCGGUGGUCGCAUCGAAGCCACUGUCACCUCUUCAGAGCCCAAGGCCGUACCGUCGCUACAAAGACGACCCAACGGAUUAGUGACCAAUGUCUGUGUGACUGGUGACGGAGAGACCGCGCGCAAGAUGAGAGCAAAGAUUUUGAAUGAUACUCCGAUCAUGCUGCGCUGUGCAACUGUCGACAUGGAUAUGCAUUUGAUUAUGGAUGGAUCACCCAAGGGAAUUAGAGCGAGCGUUCUCGAGCACAUGGAUACGCUCGCCGCCUACACCGGAACAGACAUUUUCUUGCUCACACCCAAGCUUCACGACGCGGAUAGUGCAGUUGUUUCUUCCUAUGGAUAUGCGUCGGAUAAUGACUUGGACCAACGCUUCCGAGUCGCCAUAUACGGUGACAUGGAAAGCUCGGAACAUGCCAAGACCCGGGUUCUGAUCAUGAUCGAUCAAAUUCUCAAACGCCAUGUUGAUGCCAUCAAACUGGAACUUACCAUGCACACCUUGGUCUGUGGUCGCACUCGCAAGAACAUCAAGCUCAUUGAAGCCGCCACUGGUACCGCUAUAUACUUCCCUCCCCCGUUCCCUCGAAUUUUCGGAUACACCCCUCCUGGUGCGAAUCGUCGAAGUGAAGAUGAGGUAUACAUUACGGGAGAGACGCCGGAACAGAUUGCUCGGGCAAAGCAAAAGCUUCGGGAGCUAGUUAUGGGCGUCAAGAUUUACGUCAAGGAUGUCGUGGUUAACUCGAGCAAGAUCGACAACAUCUUGCUUGACCGGCUGGACAAAGUUCGCAAGGUGAUGGAAAUGAAUGGCUCUUACGUUCUCUUCCCGCAGCUGGGCAGCCAGCGCGGUCUGGUUCGGAUUCAAGGCACCGAGGUCUUGCAUGUCGAGCGGACCGUUCGGGAGAUCAUGGCUCUGGCCGGCCAAUUUUACAGUGCCUCGUGGUGGAUCAUCAUGCCCGACCCUGCACAGGGUGGCAUCCGUGCCCCCUCAACAGCCGACGUUCGCUCGAUGCUCUCAGAUAUCUGCACCAACUCUGAAGCAGAGGUGAGCUUCGAUAACCUGACCUUCACCAUCAACGGAUCCGACGAUGCCGUCAAGGCCGCCAUGACGGUGGUGAACCAGAUUCCCUUCGUUACCCGCAGCCAGUACCAAAUGCGGGUCAAGAUAGAACUGGCCAAUGAACACAAGGAAUUCGUCAGCGGCAAGAAGAACGGCAAGAUCAACAAGAUCAUGGGUCAGAGCAAUGUCCAAAUCAUCUUUGAUGGCUUCAAUGAAUACAAUUUCUACAUUGAUGUCUGCGGAAACCAGUAUGAGUCUACCAAAAACGGCCUCGAUCUGGUAGAGCAAGAGAUGCCUGCUUCGAUCUCAUUCCAUGUACCUGAUCAGUACCACAAGCGCAUCAUUGGUAUCGGUGGACAGCACAUCCAGCGUAUCAUGAAGAAAUACUCGGUCUUCGUCAAGUUUUCCAACGCCAUGGACCGAGGUGGAAUGGGCAAGGAGGAUGAUGACAUCAAGGUUGACAAUGUGAUCUGCCGGACUCCUGCUCGUAAUGCCCAAAGCCUGGAUCUUGUCAAGCAGGAGAUUAUGGAUAUGGUCGAGAAAGUUGAUGCCGAGUAUGUCUCAGAGAGAGUGGUCAUCAACCGACUAUACCACCGCGAGUUGUUGGCUCGCAUCACGGAGAUUGAUGAGUUGGAGAAGAAGUGGAACUGCAAGAUUGAGUUCCCCAGCACCGAGCUUGCCAGUGAUGUUGUGAACAUCUCCGGUCCCGAAUACCAGGUCCCACAGGCGGUUGAUGCCCUGCUAGGCAUGGUGCCGGAAAGCCACGAGCUUCACUUCCAAAGCUCCGCUGAGCUGCGGGUGUACUUCCAGUCGCCAGACUUCCUCGCGGACGUUCGUACCAAGCUCAAGGAGCAAUACGAGGUUGACAUCAAUGUGGAUACCAGUGCCGAACUUCAAAACCACGAGGACGGCUCUUCUUCUCCUGAUCCAGCCCCAGAAGAUCUUGUGGUUCUUGGUUACACCAGAAACAACGCUGGUGGUCUCAAGGAUGCCAUUGACUUCCUGAUUUCCCGCCUCGUGGCCCACGGCCUCGACGCCAACACCGUCAAGGGUGCUAUCCCACGCCCUAAGUCGGACUCAUUCGAGGAGUCCUUGCCCUUCUUUGACUCGAAAUUACUGCAGCAUGCGCCAGCCCCGCUCGUAACCGACUCGCCCACGCGACCUAGCUUUGUUGAUGAGGUCAGCGAGCGUGGUUCGAUCUUCGAGCGGCUCCGCAAGCCUGGCAGUAUCUCGUCCUUCUCGUCCUUCAUUGGUCGUAAGAACCACUCUGGAUCACCGGCCUCGUUCUUCAAACAUGCCUCUAGCAAUGCCUCCAAGGCAUCACUGGUUUCGAUGGAAUCUCGAGACAGUGGCUACCGCAACCCGUGGAACGAUUCCGGCGUGAACCUCCCCGAGGACGACGUGCCCGUCCUGGGGAGUUCGCAUAGCCACAAGAGCAGCAACAGCAAUACCAACAACAAUGGCUGGCCUGCACGAUUUGACACGAAGUUUCCUUUCGGUACGGCGCCCGGAGACAUGACACCCAAGCAUGAUCCGCGCGCCUCUUUUGACAGUGGUCGCCCUAGCACUUCGAAUUCUACUUCUGGAUACCCGGCCCCCAUUGGGCCACCGCGUUAA